AUGUUUCGACAACAACAGCAGCAACAGCAACAGCAACAAGGAAGACCAACUGACAAUGCUCCCAGAGCGGGAUCAAUAGUCGGUGAUGGAGUUCAUGAGAUGAUCGCAGAAGAGUCCGAAUCACAAAACUCUGGAGGCUCGGACUCGGAAUCAGAUACCAUGAGCAACGCGACUCCCAAGCAGUCUCCCCGCUCGUCCCUUCGAAAGUCAUCCUCUCCCAAAAAGUCCAAAAAGAAAUCCAAAAAAGGUUCCAAAAAGCUCAAAAAGGGUUUCAAAAAGGCAUUCAAGAUGGCAGCCACACCGGUCAUGGCAACCGGAAAUGCGGUUUCCCACACGGCUUCCAUGGCAUCCAAUCGCAUGACCAGCACGGCCAGCAACUUUGUCACCAAAGUGACGGGUGACCAGCAUCACAUUUUUGAUCAACCUUACAAAUCGGACCACGACCGUAGCCAUGAAUCAUCAUCUUACAACAAUAACAACAACACCAAGGGCGACAAGAAAUCCAAAAAGGAAUCCAAAAAGAAAAAGAAGGAUUAUGUGGCCGACAGUGAUGACGAUGACCUACUAGACCUUGACGUGGAAGUGGAUGGAAUGGAUAAUAAUACUGUUUCCAUGGUCAAGUACGAAAAGGUCAAGGGCCGAUUGAUAGAUAAAUCACAUUUGGUGGAUACCUUGCUCAGCAAGAUUCAACUGCUGCAGGAAACCAUUGCCGAAAAGGAUGAAGUCAUCUUGAGGCUCCAAAAUUUGGACAUUUUGGCAAGCACGAUUCGAGAAAAAGAGGAAAUUAUUCGGAAAUUGAUGGCCAAUGAAAAGGUUGACCAGUCGCUACUAACGGUAGACUCGAAGAGUAAUGCCGACGUACUCUCGCACAUUCGGACCAAGAAGAUGGACUUGGAGCUUCAUCGACAGUCCUACCGACGUCUUUCCACCGACGAUGCCGAAACCAUGCUUGGAGGGGAAGACUCCUCGGAACGCAAUGAUGAUACCUUUAUUGCUUGGCAGCGACUGGACAACGAACUCAAAUCUGGAAGAGGCGUACGAUCGGUUCCAAUGCUGCCACAAGGAGAAAUGUCACGGGCGACCUCGGCCCAACUUGAAAGAAGUAACAGAUUGGAGUCGAGUGAUGUCUUGCACAAAAUGCGCAAGGCAAACAAGAAGAAGAACAGUCCCAAGAAAAAGGGGGCUGAACCAUGGAAGGCCAUGCAUACAUUCUUAAUGCCACACUUUGAGAGGACUGUGGCCGAGAAAACGUUGAUCUCCAAGGCAUUGCUGCAAAACUACAUCUUUGAGAGUCUCGGUCCGGCGAAAAUGGACACAUUUAUUCAGGCCUUUGACGAGGUCCAGUUCAAAAAGGGCGAUGUCAUUAUGCAACAGGGCGAGAAAGUGGAUCACUAUUACAUUGUUGCCGAAGGUGAAAUUUCCAUCGAAAAGAAUGACGAAACCAAACGACAUGGACCCGCAACGGGUUUUGGAGCCACAGCUUUGCUCUAUGCCUCGCCGCCAAAGACGACAGUCAUUGCGGAAUCGGAACCAACCAAGAUGUUUCGAGUUGACGAAAAGACCUUUCGCUACACCAUGAAGCGGACCGUCAAGGAAACAAAUCGGCAAAAGAUGACCCUCCUCAGGGAUAUUCCAGAGCUCAAAAGCUUUGAUGCUGCGGAUCUGCAACGCCUUUGUGAUAACAUGCUUGAUCGCAAGUUUGCCAAGGGCGAAGAAGUCAUUUCACAGGAUCAAUCAACACCUACCUUUUAUGUGGUCAUGAGCGGAGCCAUGACGGUCACAGCGAACAAUUCCCCGUUGUUCAAGGAUGGGGAUUCCGAAAAGGUCAUCAAAAAGGGUGGUUGCUUUGGACUGGAGGCACUCACGAAAACCUCAUCCAGCCCAAUAGCAAGCCUCGUAGGUCAGAAAGCUGGUUGGUGUUUUGGGAUUGAUUCUGCCACUUUUGAAAAAGUCUUGGGAAAAUAUUCGGUCCUCAUCACCAAAACAAAGGACAAGGCUAUCUUGCAACAAGUCAAACUCAUCAAGGAUGCCAAGCUGGAAGAUUCGGUUCUGAACAGCUUAGCCGAAGCAAUUGUACCGCGCUUCUUUGAGGCCGAUUCCAUCAUUCAAGAAAUCGACGAAAUUUGUGACGCGGCACUCUACAUUGUGCGGGAAGGAAGCUGUAUCGUUGACACCAAAACCGUCAAAGCAGGGGAAUUCUUUGGCGAAGACCAACUAUUGGCGGAUAUCAAUAAAUCUGCAGACCCAAAAGGCAAGAUUAUUGCCAAGUUCACUGCCAUGUGCAGUGAAGAUGUUCGGUUUGGUGUUUUGACGUUGACAGAGUGUCGUCUACUCUUUGAUACCGCUGGUGGCCCAAGCUUGCGUCUGGGACUAGAAGCUGGGCCCGGGGAUGCAUUGGGCGGCCGUAAACGAAUGGAUCAUCGUGCCAUCAUUAGAAGACGUUCCAUUGGAAUGUCAAUGGGAGUUGGCGGCAACAGCGGACCCGUCCCAGAAGACUUUAAUCAAGACUUUGUGAAUGAACGGUUAGCCAUUCGAGCAUUCUACAAGGGAUUCAAGACAGAAGUCGACAAGCUACCACGAGAUACUGUCUUGGGAGAGGGUCAGUUUGGACAAGUAUGGAAAGUGACACUUAGGGAAGGCGAGCUGAAAGAAGACUUUGCUCUGAAGAUUCAAGACUUGGGUGAUGCCUACCAAAAUGAGAGUCUAGAAAAUAUCUACCGGGAAAUGAAGGUUAUCAAGCAAUUGCAGCAUCCGUUCAUUGUUGAUUUGAUUGACUCAAAGGAGACCGAUACGGCGAGUUAUAUGCUAAUGACACUGUGCACUGGGGGCGAGUUGUGGAGCGUUGUACACAAAAAGAAUGACGACGGAAAAUGGCAAUCAGGUAUGAAUGACGCUGACGCCAAGUUCUACUCCAUUAUCAUUGCCGACACAUUGGCCUACAUGCAUCGGAAGAAUGUUCUAUUCCGUGACCUGAAACCGGAGAAUGUCCUUUUGGAUGCCGGAGGGUAUCCAAAUAUCAUUGACUUUGGAUUUGCCAAAAUCACGACUGAGAAGACCUAUACGCUAUGCGGUACUCCAAACUACAUGGCUCCAGAAAUUAUUUUGAUCAGCGGCCAUCAUGUCGGUGCUGAUCAUUGGGCACUUGGAAUUAUGAUCUACGAACUGCUCUCGGGCGAGCACCCAUUCUACUACGAAGGCUUGAACAAUGCCGAAUUAUUUGACCUUGUGACGAAAACGGAGGCUUUCCCUUGCGAAAAGGCAUCCCCAGAAGCACAGUCCCUGAUGAAUGGACUUCUCGAAAAGGAUCCUACCCAACGGCUGGGUGUGCUGGCUGGGAAGGAACGAGAUAUUCUUAGACAUGCUUGGUUCAAGGAUCUCGAUUUGGUUAAAGUGAGAAAACGAGAACUGAAGGCUCCUUGGAUUCCUCCUCCUCCAUAG